AACGAACCGCCCAACAAUCGUAUAAUGGAUCGACGCGUACCGGCAGCAGCAUCCAAGCAGGCCACGGUCGUUGAGCAAAAGCAGCUUUUCUUACAGACACGCAAACAUAUCCUAUCGCGUGGAAUUCCGCCCUCAGAACGACUGCGCACGCUUGCACAAGAUGGCGGUAUCGAGCUUAGUGUCAUGAAGGGAGUUUUGGAAAAAGUAAAUCGCGACUUGAAACAACACUCGCGCAAAGUAUACAGCCGCCAGAUGAUAGAGCACGUCGUCGAGCAGAUCGACACUCUUUACUGGGAGUCGGGCGCACAACACAUCGACGACGAAGACACACAUGCCACAUCCGAUACACAUGAAGACGAUGCGAACGCGCUGUAUCAGGGCGACGACCUCACACUCGAUGAGAAUAUUGCGAAACUGCCUGCUACAUGGCAUGGCCGUGAUGCGAACAGCGAUAUAACACGAGACGAAUACCUCUCCUCCCUGUCCCGUCUCCAAGAACUCUCCGCACAUCGACAAACGCUGCAGAACCGGCUUGACUCGUAUCGCACCCUACUAUCGCUCCUUGAACCGUAUCGCGCGCCAAAGGAGAAUAUACAGCCAAAUUUGGUAUGGAAGGAUGCGCCGCUUGCGCCAGAGUUGGCAAAGACGCGGACGUUGGCUAUACGUGUUGCAGCGAGGGUAGAGGAGCGAUUCGGUGAUGUACAGGUUCCAGCGACUGCGGAGGAUGAGGAGGACGUUGACAUGGAAGACCUCGGGAAUCGCGGGCGAAACAAAGUAGAUGCAGUCCUGGCGAGCUGGUAGUUGUUUUCGCUUUCCCCAGCGUGAUUCGGUUAUGGCGUUUGGAUAAAGAUACCCUUGUUGCAAUUAUCAUGGACAUCCCAGAAAGCCUUCUUCGGCCCUCCACCAUCUGCGGGACUGUUACAUAUCUCGUGUCCUCCAUCAAGCUCCCAAUAUCAUGAUGGGACUUCUUUCCGCCGACCUCAACCCUCAACCCCACCGGAACUAGUUUCCUGUAGCCGAAGGGGGCCAGGUCAGGAAUGUGAGGAAUCUUAUGAGCAGUCAGUAAACCACCUGAUUGAAUUUGUAAAUAGAGAACAACUUGCAUACAGCUGCAGGGUCGCGGGUAGAAAGUUGGAUUGGGACAUGGUAGAGUCGUGUACUUCCAUGGUACAGCUGACCAAGCUGAGGUGCAAAUCACUCUGUCGCUAUCUGGAGCAUCAAUGGUAUAACACACGGUCACAGCUACCGGAUUGUUUACAGAUAA